ACUGAACACAUUGGCUCCUGGAAUGCAUGUCACUGUCUGGAACGUAUGAGGUUGUGAAGAAAGAGACAGCCUGCAUAGAGGGUCCAGGGGAAAGAGAAAAACUAUGAAGGGGGAAAAAGGGCCAGCAAUUUUAGCUGCCCUUGUAAUGCUACUCAUUUCAGGUCACCAUGUAGAAGGUUUAAAUCUGUGCCCAGCGCUUCCUGUCUCUCCGACCUACUGUUCCCUGGUUAACAGGGCGGCUCUAAAUACUAGCCUGGAGAGUGGCGACAGGUGCCAAUUCACACUCCCCCAGUACGCGUGUGCUUCGGGCUCCAACCUGACAUCAAACCAACUUUCCUCCAUCCUCCAAUGCUACAUCACAGACCCUGCAGCCCAACUGGACCAAGGGGCAUUCCUGUUACUGUUCCAGCAAGUCAGCAGAGAAGUGCUGCAAACUGCUCUGAAUGAAAUCAGCGUGCAGAUCCUCAGUGACCAGAUUACACCGGCCUCCAAAGCCUUCCUGCUGAAUGCGGCGUGGGAAGUUCUGAAAGUUGACCCUCAAAUGCAAAAUGCAGGUUUCCUGGCCUCCUGGUUCCAGGAGACGCUGCACGCCUACCUGACCGUCAUCGACGUUAACCUCCUGGACUGCAUGACCCAGCUCCCCAUCACUUGCGAUGGCUUGGCCACGGUUGUGCAAGCCCUGGACAGUGUGUAUUCCAGGAUGGACAACAGCACUAGGCAACUGGUAGCCGACUGGAUUGGGAGAUUCUUUACAAGAAAUGUGUGCCAAAAAAGUUCAGCAAAAGAGUGGAUACUAAGCAACUGGAAGAGUUUCCGAAACUACGCAUCAUAUAAUGAGUUCACGACUUCCUGGAGUGGUUUUGAUGGGUUUGCAGCCCUGGAUGUCCUCACAGCCAGCCAACUAGCACAACUCACUGCCAUUCACAACGUGUUCUCCAACAGCAGCAUGGCUGCAGGCAUCAUCCAUGUCCUCAGCACCAGUGAUGUCCUCUACCUCGAUGGCUUCUUGACUGAGUUAUCAACUUUAACCCUGACCCCUCCAUUUGAUCGCGACGUGAUGUAUUCAGUGCUGGAGACUAUUCUAAAAAAAGUCAACGAGAGCUUCCCAGAUCUCUGUUCCCCCUCCUUGAAAGACUUGUUUCAGGUUAAACUGAAGAUACUGCUGCCUGUUACUGAUGCAAAUAUACUAAGUCUCUUUCCAACAAAAAUAGGUUGCACUGACUUCCAGGCUAUCUACGAAGGAUUGAAUUCUGUCCACAGUAAGUUAGACCCCGACACACAGAAGGCCGUAUACCACGCCCGACUGAACUUUCUCAAUGGGCAGGUGGCAAAAGAAGGAGUAGCUUGCACAUUCACAGCUGAUAACAGCAGAGACUGGUUGCAGGAAAACUUUGGGCUCUCCAGUGUCUACGCUGACUACAGUGAUUUAAUCCGGCUUGAUCCUGGCUUUAAUGGAUAUGAGGUGACGGAUUUGCUAACUGCAACACAACUGGGGAAACUGGUUGUCCUCUCUGGCAUCCUAACUGACAGCACCAGAGUCAAUGCAGAGAUUGAUGCAACAAACGUGAUGAACACCCUCAAAAGCAGAAACGUAUCUGAACUGCAGAUCUUCCUGUCUGAAGUCAAUAUGCUCGUAAAACAGAUGAACGUAGUGAUCAGUGUCCGUGAUGUGAUGCUAAAGGGCAUUUUCCAGAUUCUGAAGCCACAUUUUGCCUCAAUGACAACGACUGAUUUAGAAUCCUGGUUCAAUGGGACAUUGACAUUGUAUCUAGCCUCCAUCACCCGUGAUGAGUUGAUGGCUCUCCCUGCUAUAGCUAACUGCACACAGCUACAAACAAUUGUUAAAGGUUUGGACUAUGCAUUUGACCAGAUGACCAUGGACACAAAGAGAGCUGUAACCCAAUGGAUUGUCAAUAUUCUUCUACAAAUAGAUUGCCAGACAACUGAAAACUGGAUGGCCCUUAAUUUCCAAAGAUUCAAGACCAUAGCUAACAUAGAAGACUUCAUUGCUGUCAACAGAAACUUUACUGGGAUGGCUCAUCUCCAGGAGCUGACUGCAGUCCAGCUGGCUCAGUUAACCUUAACGCAAGAGGUGUUCAGCUCUGUCACCAACACUGAACUAGUCUUUGAAAGACUAGCUGAGAUGCCAGGCCUCGAGGACCUGGCUGCUUACUGGGACGAGUUUAAUAUUGCCUAUGAGAAGCCUUCUGUCCCCAUGCUCAGUUUAUCGAUGGAGGUGAAGCACAUCAUGCUAGCAAGGACAGUGGAGCAGCUGCGUGUUGCACUUCCCACAUUCACAGAUGCCGACUAUGACCUUUGGUUUAAGAAAAGACUCGUGGUCGUCCUGCCUAGCAUUAACGCUGAUGUUCUUCAGGAGAUCCCCAUCAGCUUGGCCUGCAGCUCCUACAAGUCUCUAAUUGCUGGGAUCAACGCCGGCUUUUCUGAAAUUCCUGAGGACGGCAAGAGGGAUGUGUAUCGCUACAUCACGUCUUUUCUAACGCAGAAGUCUCAGGAUACCGUAUACGGUUUUGGACAUCCUGACUCCCACUCAGAUCGGUGA